ACAGCGGUUGGGUUUAGUGGCAGAUUGGGCCCCGAAGAGAAUGUAACAAUGGAGCUGCCUCCUCCGGGAAUCCGGAGGGUUUCCAUCAACCCUCUAGAGGCACCCCGCAGGUUUUCCAUCUUCCCAGGCAUGGUGCCCACCCGCUCAUCUUUGGGCUCCCCCUUGGCCUUCGCUGGGACCUCGAAGCUCUUCGCCCAGAGCAACCUGAUGGCCCCCAACCUGAUGCCGGGCCUCCUUCCCCAGAAGAGCUCCCUCAUCCCCCCGGACGCCAUGCGGCGCAGGGCGUCCAACGUCUCCUCCGUGCACUACGCUGACGAGCAAAGCAAGCAGCCACCCUUGGACGCCGACAAAGAGAAGGAGAAGGGCAAGGGCAAGGGCACCGGGACACGGCUGCUGAACAUGCUAAGAAAAACUCUUCAAGGGUCUGACAGUGAGGAAAUGAUAACAGCACAGGAAACACCAAAUUUGAUACCAUUUGGAGAUGUGGUCGGCUGCCUGGCUGUUCACAUAAAGACUUGUAGACAGUUUUCUCACAGGUUCAUUAUACAACAGCAUGUUAACAUGUUCAUUCGUGUCUCUAUAAACCACAUCGUGAAAUGCACAAAACUUCGGAACUUGAGAGCUGUUAACAAUGAAAAGAACCUUGUCCUUAGGUUUGAUGAAGUGAAGUAUUUUUCUGUACAGGUUCCCAGACGUCAAGAUGAUGAGCGGAAUACUAUUUUCUUGGAACUAAUGCAAGAUGCAGGAAACAUAGAAAAACCUCCCCUUUCCUUGGGCAGUGUUGAAUCACACCUUUAUGAAGUAAUACAGAAAGGCUGUUUUACCGAAGUCUUGCAAAUGAUGCAUAGACACACAUUUGUCUGCAGGUUGGAGGUGGAGUUCAUGUUUUCCUACGGAAACUUUGGUUAUGGAUUUUCACAUCAGUUAAAACCUCUUCAGAAAAUCAUCGAACCAUCUAUGUUUAUGAAGAUUGCACCUCCUCCAGAAAGAACAGAUCCUGUCACAAAUGUCAUUACUCCACAGCGAGUAGAAUACCCAGCAUUCUUAUCCCCAGAAUUGAACGUUACCGUCGGGUCUGCUGAAGCCAGCCAGCCAUCUGCGGCGGUGCGACUUGAAAAACUCCGUGAGAAACCCCGGGAAAGGUUGGAAAAAAUGAAAAAGGAGUAUAGAAAUCUGAACACAUGGAUGGAGAAAGCUGAGUACUUAAAGAACCUUAUUACUCCCAAAGUGGCUUACCAAGAUUCUGAGGAAGCUAGUUUGAUUGAAGUAUCUGAACACAAUUAUAGUCUAUUGGAAGAAGAGCAUGAAAAUGAAUCACAUGAUAUCCAUUAUAGAAAAUCUGAUACUAUUUCAACUGAGUCUACGGACAAGAGUGAUAAGGAAAACCUGGUAAUACCAGCUUUGAAACUGUCGGACCACGGCUACUCAGAGCCCUUUCUUCACAGAAGCAGUGAAUCAGUGCCGGAAGACAUUCCGCUGCCCCCUAUUCACAGCCUGCAGAUAAUAGAGGAGGAUGAGGUGCAGUAUCCACACGCCCCUUUUGUGUGGGAAGACAAGCCACAGGAAGAGCAAAGUGUGAUGUCGCCAUUGGAUGAACAGCUGCUCCCCAAACCUUCAAGCAUUUUAAGAAUAGCCUCUUCUCUACAGGAGGUAAAGUCGAGACAUGUACCCGUAAACCCUGAGAGCGUGAGGAGGAGGAGGAGCUUAGGUUUCUUUCCGAAUGAAUGAGGUGUCAAAGCAGACUUUUGAGCUGAGAGGAGAGGCCUAGUCUGGGUUCCUGAGAUUUGAAAGUCAAAGGUGGCUUCCAAGGCAAAAUCCAGCAGAAGCUCAACUAAGCGUUUCCCCCACAGCAAAACUUCAGACAGGCAAACCCCAAAUAAUUAUUUUUUAAAAUCGAUUAAAUACCAAUAAAUUUAAAAUUCUUCAAACGUC